UGUUCCCUUAAUCCGGGCGUCUAUUUUUUAUAUGUACAUAGUGACACGGCGGAGACUAGCGGCAGCGGUCCCGCUAUAAUAAAUAUCCAUAAGGCGAGGCGCGGUACAAACCAGGCAUCUACACAGAGUCGCAAGACCAAAAAGCACAGAAAAUAAGGCGAAGAGCAGCCUUUUCUAAUUUUAAACGACAUUGCCAUUUAUAAACCCAAAGGACCGGCGAGCGCAUCUGAGAAGACUGGAGGAAAAAGCGGUCCACGCUUCAUCCAUUUAAACAUACAUUCUUAUUGGAUUUGCACACACUAAAAACCAACAAUACGAGAUGUCUGCCCCGGCCCCUGCCGCUGCUCCUGCCCCUGGAGAAAACCAGCCCCCUCCCAACCUCACCAGUAACCGCCGCCUGCAGCAGACACAGGCGCAGGUGGAUGAGGUGGUAGACAUCAUGCGUGUGAAUGUGGACAAGGUUCUGGAGAGGGACCAGAAGCUUUCAGAGCUGGAUGACCGCGCUGAUGCCCUGCAGGCUGGGGCUUCCCAGUUUGAGACCAGCGCUGCCAAGCUUAAGAACAAGUACUGGUGGAAGAACGCCAAGAUGAUGAUCAUCCUGGGGGUGAUAUGCGUGAUCGUCCUCAUUGUUAUCAUUGUGUACUUCAGCACCUAAAAUGGCCGUUCGACAGCUCCUUGCACUCACAACCGCCCAACUCCCAGCAACAACAACUCCACAGAAAAAGACAAGAAAAAAAAAGACCUCCUCCAGACUCACAAAUUAAAUGCCCCUGCUAGAGCCUAAUUCUGCUUCCUGAACCCCCCACCCUCCACACCACCCCAUCGGCUUCGGACCCCUUUGUCUUGUGAGUUCCUGCCAGCGCUUCAUUGUGAAUAACUCCCGUAAUUAUUGGUAACACUCUCCCAUUGUUCUUACUUCCAAACUACAAUGUAGACACAGCCAGGAGACUAUUGUUAUAUACCACAUAUGAUAAAUAUAUUCAUAUAUAUUUAUCAGAUUCAUAUAUAUAUACAUCUUUGUAGAGUUUUAUCUGAGAUGUUUUUGUAGGUUGUUUGUGCGUGUGCAUUUGUAUUUUUUUAAUUUUAUAUUAAUUUAUUUUUCGCUUCAGAGGUUAACUACUGCCUGUUAAUUAGAAGGUCUCCCAGCUGCUCUCUGGGGGAGUUUUGGUGUUCUCUCUUUCCCUUGUAUGGAGGAUGUAGCUGAGCGAGGCACUGCCCUGCUCCUGACUCCUGACUCCUGACUCCUGGUUCCUGAGCGGUACUCUCCUCUCUCGGAUAUAGCGGUGUGUAUUGCUGUCAGUCUUACUGUGUCAAGCCGUGGGAGACGCUCUGCUCCUUUUCUAUCUCGCUCUCUUCUGUAAACUGCCACAGUAGAAAUGGACCAAUAUAUGUAGAUGUUUUUUAUUUUCUUAUUUCUUUAGUGUCUUAUCUCUUUAACAUUCCCGGACAGCAGUGUAUGUGUUAUGCUGUCCAUGUAAUGUAUAUCUGCGUAAGUAUGUUUAAAAUGGGAAAAAAAGGAUAUUUUAUUAUUUUAAUAGCUAAAAUACAGUCCCCUUUGAAGAAAGAUGAACAGAUUUUUUUUCUGAAAAAUUUCUCCAGCUGAAUAAGUGUUCAGAACCCCAGUAAUGCUGAAAAUAUUGAUGUGGUAAUGUAGCUACAGUCUUUCAAUGAGGUGGGAACAUUAUAUGUUAUUUACAAAUGCAAGAAAAAUUCACUGAGGUCGGGGGGGGUGAAACGUUUUAACCUUGGCGGCUGCAUAACGAAUACAGCUGUGGUCUUCUUGUAUUUAGGAAGAAAAUGAAUAAAAACUGGCCCAGCUGAAAAAUUUCCAAGUCCAUUGGGGACCAAAACAUUCCUAUCCACAGCUUUGUGUUUUCGUUUUUGAGGGGCUGGUGGGCUCAAGGGUUUUUAAAUGAGGAUAUUUGCGCAUGAUGCUCAUCUUUGAUGGAAGCCACAAGCGGGGCAGGAGAAGCAACAACACCUGAAAUUAUUGGUUAUGGAUGCACAGAUAUGACCAACGCUAUGGUUGAAAAAGCUCAUAUUGUUGCGGAUGAAGUCUGAUAUGUUUGGGGGGUCUUCAUCACAAUCCCUCAGGACUGCAUUCAUUGCUUCUUUCGAAAUAUGGGACGUUUAAGCAACUAGUCGAACACAUCAUCAUAUGAAAAGGGAUGAUUUAAUAACCCAAACAGCUCCAAAUUUAAUGGCGAUUUCCUAAGAGAUGUACGCCGUGCUGUGCUCCCAAAGCUCCCUGGCCCAGGAGGCAUGAAGGUCAGUAUUUGUUGACAUCUAACCUUCGCAAUCAAAGAUCACACUCGAUACUGGAAUGUCUGUUUUUUUUAAUCCCAAAAUUCCUUUGCACCCUUACGUGACAUAACAAGCAUUACGCUUGUGUUGCCGAUUCUCUAUUUUUUCCUUCUGUUUUUCUGUUAUUCUCUCCAGUUGCUGCCUUUUUUCUUUUUUGAUGUGUAGAAAUAGACUAUAUUUAUAUUUUUGUCUGUGAGAAUCGGGGGAAGCUAGCUCAGUGACAACUUAAUUUACUGCCAUUGAUAGUGAGUACUGAGCUCAACCGUCCGUUACGUGUGUGGCCGUGUGUGUGUCUUGCUCUAUAGUUUACACUGCCAAGCAGCUGGAGAGAGGUGCUUUUCAUUAUUGCUCUUAGUAACUCCUUCUCUGUGACCACCCCCAGCACCCUCAGCCUGUAGCCCAUCAUUCAGGAUCAGAUUUCCAAUGUGUGUUGCACAAGGGUAAGCACCGUUCUUUAAGCCCAUCUUAGUAAUGUGUGGCUCAUACAGUAGGUGUUCACCAUCGCAUAGACAAAACACACGUGGUUCUCUUUCCCCUGUAUGGGUUUCCAGGCACGCCCACUGACGCUUGGUCCCACAAUGCCCUUCUUCACCUGUUCAUAGUGUGCUGCCUGUGGCUGCAGCUCGCUGUGUCUGAGAGUGUGCUCUGAGCCUCCUUGGGCUCUUCGGAGCUCUUUUAAUCUCUCUCGGCUACCCCACCCCCAACCCCUACAAGUGUACGUGUGCAUUUGUGAGAGUUGGUGAGGCUUAACCUCCAAGUGGCAUAUCUCCAGUUUAUCCCAAACAGAUUAGCUAGCUUAAAGUGAGGAGGGCGGGGCAAACCGUUUCCAUGACAACGAUCAGAGAGUCAGAGGCGGAGCCCCAACAUCACCAGCUUCCUUUUGAAAGUAGCAGGGGAUUUGUUGCCAAACUGGUUGGCUGAAAUAUUCCUGCUAGAGAGGCAAUGUGACUAAGGGACCAUAUGUAUACUUUACUGCCACACCCACCUGUUUGUUUAUUAGUGUCAUUACUCUCAGUGCCCGCCUCGAUGUCUAGGAAAUGCCUUAGGAAAUCAAUUUACUGUUUUGACCAUACUGUCCCUGCCCACUACCCUCAAAUUUACUUUAUCCUGAAAUGACCAAAGAUCCACUGAUUUUCCUUAUGCUGCCAGUUGCUGUCCAAGAUGAGUCGAAAGAACCACGCUUUACUUUUGCCUAAUUCACAGCGAUGGGGGCUGUACUCCGUCUGUGGGCCUUCACCGUUUCUUUGUGAUUUUUCCUCGAGCUCUUCUGGCUAUAUUUUUUAAUAAUGUUUAGAAGACCCUCCCAGGCCAAACAUAAAAAACUGAAAAUCAAAGCUGUGGAUUUUUUUUGUUCAGAAUCCAUAAAUUAUUCAACAGAGAAGCGGAAAAUUCUCAAAUCAUAUUGAAACUUUUGAGAUGUUUAAUCUGCCGUUGAAUGGCUAUAGAGGUCACCGUCCCCUGUCAGAGAUGGCUGGUGUAAUCUGAUAGAUUCACUCGAACAGCCGAAAUUCAGAAAAGAUCCGCAGCGAUCACCAUAGUAUCAACAGAGUCCACCUCUAAAUGCAUGGCAAGAUACUGAAGACAUGCUUCUGAUUACUUGUAAUAGCACAACUCUUCCUUGGAACUGUGUGUGUGUGUCUUUGUGAUGCUUACAUCGGAUUGAUAAAAACAAUAAUAAAAAAUUUAAUUCAGCUUCAAGUGUAUAGCUGUUUUAAAAAAACCAAAAAAUGUGUGAUGUUGUGUGGGGUGCUUUGGGGGACGGGGGUUCCUAUUUUUCAGUAGAUUUGAAACUAUGAAACAGAAAUAUUCCCAAAUAAAAUGGAUUAUUUCCAAGCAUUGUUUCGCAAUUAGAAUAGAAGGAUUUGAAAAAAGGUCAAGGGAAUGAUGCUUCAAACAGGGUCCUUGUCAUAUCAGGGGGGUUCAAGUGACGAGACCACACGUCCGAACGGAGCUUACGGACCUGUGGGCUCGCUUCCGAGGAGCUUCCCUUGUCGCAGUAGCGCUUGACAAACCCGAUAAGUAACCGUUGCUGCAUGUCUAUUUAUUAUUUUAUUUAUUUUUUUUCAUCGUGGAAGCACUUUGCUUUCUCCUUUCAUGUACUUGUGACUUUUUUUUGUUGUGUUGGGAGGGAGGUAGGGGGGUCGACGUGUGGGUGUGUGGCUGGACGAGGCAGUCAGGUUUAACCUCCACCCUGUGAAAACAGUCCUUUGUCUUCGGUACAGGAGGGAACCUAUGAAGACACUGAACCGUGACAGAGUGGAGGCCACUAUAUCUGCCCUCCUCCACCCCACACAAGCAAAUUGCAUUUAUUUUCACCUGUUAAUGUGCUUCAGAGUUCUAGAUAUGUUUACCUUUUUGGGUAAAGCUGCCUGGCUCUGUGUGUCUUUGCUCUUACAGAGAGUGAAAAUAGUUGUACCUAUAUGAAAAGUGUUGGGCUGUACACCAAUGUCAAGUGUAUGUGACUGAGAAAAUGAAAUGCCAGUUCACUUUAUCUCCCCGCACUGUUCCUAUUUCUUAAAAGGAUGGGGGGGGGGGGGG